AACGUGCUAUUCUGCGCUCCGACUCGACGCAUCCGCAUCCCACGUUGAUCACCGGCGACGAUGACGAGGAGGACGUCCCCUUCCAGAGCUGCAUCACGCCGAACAAGGAGCCGGGCCACUGCCGCCAUGUCCGCUUCUGCGUCCUUAACGAGUUCAAGGACAACUUCGACCGCUUCAAGGACUACGCCUGCGUCAUCGAGGGCAAGUACAUCGGUGUGUGCUGCCCUGACGACAAGGACCUCUACGACAAGAGUCGCGACUACUACGGGCCGCGCACCAACCGGACGACGGGGAGCAACAGGGCGAGGAACGGGCGGCGGCGGGGCUGGGCCAGCAGGAGGGGCGACGGCGACCGAGGCGACGACAGCAGACCCUACAGGAGGAGGAAGCCGCGCCCGCUCAACACGCGCGCGUUCGACACGCAGGAGGAGACCUGUGGCGUGACGCGGGUGCUGAAGCGCACGGAGAACGCCAAGGUGGAGGGCGGCCAGGAGUCGGAGCCCGGCCAGUUCCCCUGGAUGGCGGCGCUGCUGCGCUUCGGCGAGCAGCAGUUCUGCGGCGGCGUGCUGCUGGACUCGACGCACGUCCUCACCGCGGCCCACUGCGUCUACAACUUGGACCCCGCCGACCUGACGGUGGGCCUCGGGGAGUACGACCUGAGCCAGCCCGACCCGGACCGCGUGCAGACGUUCGACGUGCGCGACAUCCUGGUCAACGAGCGCUUCAACUCGGACGCGUACACGGACGACAUCGCCCUCCUGUACCUGGACGGCGAGGCCGAGUUCAGCGACUGGGUCUGGCCCAUCUGCCUGCCGCCGCCCAACAUGGACCUCACGGGGCAGCUCGCCACCGUCAUCGGGUGGGGCACGGUGUACUACGGGGGCCCGCCCAGCAACGUGCUCAUGGAGGUGACGCUGCCCAUCUGGAGCCAGGAGGACUGCCAGCAGCAGUUCGACCAGCCCAUCCUGGACACGGAGAUCUGCGCGGGCACCGAGGCGGGCGGCCGAGACUCGUGCCAGGCAAACUCGGGCGGACCGCUACUGCUGCAGAUGAACGACGGUCGAUGGUGCAACAUCGGCAUCGUGUCGUUCGGCGUGCGCUGCGGCGAACCGGGCAAGCCCGGCGUGUACACCAACGUGGGGAAGUACCUGGACUGGAUCGCCCAGAACACACGGAGGUGAUCCAGCUGCUGAGAGAGAGUGUACCUGCAGUACCUGAAGAAAGGUGUGACGAGCGGCCUAUAUGCGUCAAAUCAGUGAUCACUGCACUGUGGAGCAAAAGUGUGUGUUCUCACUGAAAGACCUCGAUUCCACGGGUGGCCUUCCGCCUAGUCCCAGAAGCGAUACUACAAUAGUCGCAACUAAUAGGUAGAGAAUAAUUAUUUAAGAAUACAAUAAAAAGUAAACAAACGGAGAAAGAUUAA